AGAGCAUCUCCAAUGUAAAACUCCAUUUUUUCCUUUAAAAUGGAGUAAAAUUGCUUCAAUCCUACUUCAUUUCUAUGGAGUGGUGAACAAACAAAAAAUAGAUUACUCCAUUUAUGGAGUAAAUUUCAUUAUGGAGUGAGAUAUGAAGUUGAGUUGGAGCAUUCCUUACUCCAUAUUCACUUUUACUCUAUUUUAGAGGAAAAAAUAGAGUGGGGAUGGAGAUACCCUUAGCUCGAGAUCUUUGCUGAGGUAAGGAAGCUGCCUCGUGCAUCUCUCUGUCCACUUAGUUGCAUUUCAGCAUUUAUGGUAUUUAGAAGAAGAAACAGCAUCGUAGGGUGACAAAUCCUUUUUGUGUCAAUUGAUUGUUUGUGUUAAUAAAUUGUGUCCGUAUCUGUUUUACUGCAAUCAUUGAUCGUCGGCAUUCUGUUAGACUGUAUAGUAUCUGUUACGAGCAUUCGACGUAAUACAUGUCUGAAGUUUAGUGAUAUAUUUGAGACCACGCAAAAAGAAAGCAACGAUCCCAGCAAGAGUGUAUUAACAGGCACUACUGUGUAUGUGGUCCCAAACUAGUAUUAGAAAAUGUAUAUACUUCAAACAUUUUCACUCCUCAAAGCGCUCGUAAGUGUAUUAUCCCGAUGCAUUAUAGGGUUUCUUUACUAGUUUAGUUAAUUUAAUAGUAUAGACUUUUGAUAUUAACUAUGCCAUUUGACAAUUCUCUUACAAAUAGACUCGAGAGAAUGUUGUUAGAAAUUCAUAUUUUCUUUGGCGUACUCUCAUUCCUUUAAGGAGGAUGUUUCUCGAAUGCUUAUCUUUCGUACUUAGAAAAUUGUUAUUUUGAAAUUAAUUCCACACAAAAAUGGUUGUUCUAACGUUUAUUAUACACGUGUGAGGUAAGUGUUCACUGAUUCUUAGGCUUUUGAAAUACGUUUAACAUAUUCCCAAUGGGAUUAGUUGACAAAUCUGUCUUUUCUCGAUCGUUUGUCUAAUUUUUACGAGUAUGUAUAUGCAUGGUUUUCAAUGAUUUGUUUAUUACAUAUAAACAGUUUGUAGCCAAAAUCAACAAGACAAAGAUAUAAAACAUUCUUCUCCUUCUCAUCUUAUUUUAUAUUAGUAGUCUUAAGUUUGUUUAUAUUGGUGAUUUAGAUAUAAAAUAUAUCAUUAGAACUCUUGCUGAUUCAGAUGAUUUGAACGUCGCCAUGAUUCCUGGUCAGUUACCACAUGCAAUAUGCAAUAUAAUGUACUUGCGAUGGAAGAUUUUUUUUUUUUUAAGAUCUCUAAUAAAGUGAAUAUUUGAAGAGUACAACUUUUCACGGCAAUAUAAUUAUCUCCAGAAAAAAAGUUUAUAAGACUUAACAUGGAUACAAAUACAUCAAGUUAGCCUUUUUUGCAUGGUUGAAAGACCCAUUUGAUGUCAAGAAAGAUAAAGAAGAAGAAUAGUUAUUGUGAUCAUGAAGUACCAUAUUUUAGCGCAAGUGGCUGGUGAUUCUAAAAUCUACUUGUUUGUUUUUGAGUUGAAGUAGGUUUGCAAAAUGAAAUUGAAAGCUAGAGCGAGAUACAGUAUAAAUAACGGAUAUUAUUGUGUCAUGUCAUCCAAUCCUAUGUGUUAAAAGGCUCGAGAAACAACUGGAUUUUUACUUUUCUUAGUCGUCCAUCAAAUUAUUCCUAAUUGCAACCGUGCCACACACUGUUUAGAAUCUAGAUUACUAGAUAGUGUGGAUUAGUUAUAAGGUUAACCCGUAUACAGAAUCAGAGCUGGCCUUCGACGGAAUUUUAUAAGGUUUUAAAAUAACUAGUAAAAAUAUAUAAUAAUUUGGUGGUAGGAACCUUAAAACACGAAGAAAUCGAAAUAAAUUUAAUUUAAUUCUUAAUUUUUUUUCUGUGGUUUUUUUUUGUAUUAGUGCUAGCUUGCUUUUAAGAAUUGUAAUUUUUAAGAUACCUAAACUACUAAAAGUAUCAUAUUUAGAUUUAUUUUGACGGUUUGAAAGAUUUAUAUUGAUGAUUUUUUAAAAGAAAAUACUAAUUACUGUAAUGAUUUGUAUAAGGUUCCAAACAAUUCCAGGAUUAUCCAAAAGAAGUGAACUAACUUUUAAUUUGAACUUUUCUAAUAAUGCUCAAAGUUUCUCUCUUUAUUUUUCCACAAGUCGAGAUGUGAGUAUUUAUAGAUGUAGCAAUUUAGUUAAGUAAACACAAAUAAUACAAAUCUAUGGAACUGCACAACUGAUGAUAACAAACAAAGAUAAGUAUACAUAUAACAAAAAUAAAAAUGAAAAGUAGGGAAAUUGCAUGUGAUGGGAUAUUAGGGCAUUGAAGAGAAGGCAUGUUGGUGUAUUUACUAAUGUGAGCAUUUAGUGAGACUGCAAAAGAUGAGCGCAAUUUUAGCUUACAAGUUCACAACCUCUUUUCUAUAACCCAUUUCUGGUGCUCCCUCUCUAUGUCCAUUUCAUUUAAUGCAUUACUAGCAACAUAUAAUAUAAAAUGAUAGGCUAAAGAAGUGUGUAUAUACUUAAAAGAAAUGCGUAUAUUCAUAUCAUGUGUACAUAUAUCAAGUAUUGGAGUAAGUUCAAUAAAAUAAGUCUUUUUUAUUGGUUUUGGUUGUCAAGAUAUAGAUCUAUGUGUAAUUCUUAAGGGUUAUUAUGUUAGCAUAUAAAAUUAUAUACGAUUUUACAUAAUCUAAUUUAAAACAUGAAGAUUUUUUAUAAAGCAAAAUUUACAUGUUGGGAAAUACCAGUCAAGGUGACAAAAUCAUCCAUGUUUAUUUUUUUCACAAAUAUAAAUAAAACAUAUUAAAUUUUAGUUAUAAAUGUAUAAUUUUAUAAUUAUCUAAAUUUAAUAGGUUAAAAUCAAUAAAAUUCAGUAAAUACAAUUGUUUUUGAAUUUUAUAACAAAUUAUCAUUAGUUGAUAAAAUAUACAUUGAAAAUAAAAAUAAAAUAAAUAUGUAGCUUUAUGAAAUGGAGAGAGUAUAAAUCACAGGAGUGAUCGUGUAAUUUAUUGAAAUUUGGGUUAGGGACAAUUCGUUGUAUGUAUAAAUGUCAUUUGCUCUCACAUCCAAAUUUAAAGCAAAUUUUAAAUGUCGCGACAUUUUUUUUUUGACAAUUAAAGUGAUAUCAGCUUAUAAGCUAAUGAACUAUAAAGCAUUUAAGUGAAUCGAGUGGCCGUGCAAUUUAUUGACAUUUUGGUUAGGGACAAACUGUUUGUAGGGAAAGAGAAAGCAAAAGAUUGAAUGAAAACAAAUUUAGAUUUUUUGAAAGAAAAAAAAUCUCAGUACUAUUCAGUAUGGAUCACUCUUCAUCCACCACUCCCCCACAAUAAUUGCUUCUAACAUGUACAACAUAAAUGUAUGAGUCAAGGAUUUAAUCAAAAAAAUAAAAAAUAUACUUAUAUAUGAGUCAAGGACAUAUAUGUUUGACAUUAAAAUUAAUACUAUUUAAAUAUUUUAAUUUGAAACAUAUCUUACACGUUAUGUAUAUAUAUAUAUAUAUAUAUAUAUAUGAAUGACAAAAAGCAAAAACAUAAACGAGUUUGUACAUCUAUAAGUGGAACCUAUAAUUAACUUAUCAAUGCAAGGGGAGGUCUGAUUUUUUUGGUUACAAAGAAAAUACAAUUAUUUAUCCAAAAAAAUGAAUGUACUUUGUUGAGCUUAUAAAGGUUUUCAUUCUUUUGUAGUGGUCCCAAUAUUUUAAACACAUGUCAUAUUUAUUGCUGUUUAGACAUCCCACUGAAAUCUAGGGUUACUCAAUGACGCCAAUAAUAUUUUUAAGAAUUAUUUACAUAAAAAAAGUUACUAUAAUGUUAUUAAUGUAUAAAUGUUCCACAACAUAAGAAGAAUUCAGAGAGUGAGACACCCUUGUACUGUAUAAGAAAAGAACCCAAACCAACAGGUAAUUUUAAUUAUUUAUUUCUUUGAAAAGGGAGCUUUUAAAAAAGUAUGAUCCUAUAAACGGAUAUAACAUAUUCCCUCUGUUUCUAAAAAAUUCAUAUUCUAGAAAAAAAAUUUGUUUCAAAAAAAUACAUAUUUUAUAUUUUUAAUGUAAUUUUUGUCAACUAAUCAUGAGAAAUUGUGAAGUUCAAGAACAUUAAUUGCCUUUCUUAAAAUUUUAUUAGUUUAAAAAUAUAGAAAAUAUAAAAUUAUAAAAAACUAUGCAUAUAUAGCUAAGUUUUACUUCCUCUGUUCUUGAAAGUAAGAUUUUCUAAAUUGUUCACGCUUAUUAAGAUUUCAAUAAAUAUUUAUAAUUUAAUUUUUACUUUAUUAUACACUUUUCAAUAACUUUUCACCAAUAAAAUUUAAUCAAUUCAAAUAUUUUUAUUUAAUGUUUUUAAAAGUAUAAAAAAUACCUUAAAUAUAUAGAAAAUCUAUUUUUGUGGAAUAAAUAAAAAAUCUAAAACAUUUUACUUUCGGAAACGGAAGAAGUAAUAUGUUUUUAUCAAAAAGUGUAAAAAUUCUAAAACAUGGAUGUUUUAGAAACGGAGGGAGUAUGCAGUAUUACAAAACUUAGAUACUCCCAAAAUUUAUCACUUAAGACGUUUAUAAUUAUUAACCAAUUGGUAAAUCAGCAUUCCAAACUUCUUAGAAUCUACCUCAACUCGAUCAAUCAACAAGAACAUAUGAAAGCAUGAAAGAAAAAGAAUAACACAAGACGAGCUUUCAUACGGUGUUCACAUCACGCUCCUCGAUGUACAAAGCAGCUAUCCUCACCAUAGCUGAUAUGUACCCGUGAUUCACUAGAACAAUUAAUUCAAGCUCGAGCUUAUGAUCUACAGUGACACACCUUAGGUUUCUUUUUCAAUCUAUUACAACUUCUUAGCCAAAAUAUUGUUUAAGAGUUACGGGAGGAAAAAUGACAUAUACUCACGUGAUCAACACGCGUGUUUUGGGGUUUCACCUCUAUUAACCGGUUUCCACACUUUGGUUAACUUGCACCAAUAAGAUCAAUUGAUGAUCAAGAACAUAAUCCAAGCAUCGUCACAUGGCCAUCUUUUAACAUGCGGAUUGUGAUAACUUAAUGAUGUCAUUUUGUCUAAGAUAUCAAAUCAAACAUGCAAAGAAACACAGAGAAUUGUUCAAUUUGAAUUUUGAAACUAUUUUUGCGGAUGGCCAUGUCUCAUAGACUGGAGAUUUAUGACAAUUCACGAGAUUAUGCUCACCACUUCAGUUUCACAUAUAUCCGAAAAAUAAGAGUAAAAGCAAUAUUAGCUUUAUAAGGCUUCACAUGUUAAUCACCCAUGAAAAAGAGGCAUUUGUACAUUAUUAGUGAAUCUUAAUAAUCAUGCAUCCUAUAUCAGGAUUCCAAUCAAAGAAUCAAAAAUGCAUCCACUUGGUAUAUAACAUUUUUUUGUGAUACUUUGUAUUCAAACCGCGACACAUGCAUCACAUUUCAGGAUUGUAAAGAAUCAGAAAAUGGCGACCAAUGCAACAAAUUGUAACAUGACAUGGUUAAAGUUUCCGAAAUGUGUCAUGGUCAAUGCAAUUAAGUUGCUAAUUUUAUUCAUUUUCACGGAAGUUAUAAAUUAACAUUGUCUAAACACAUUGUCUUCACUUCAUAAGGUUAUUGAUAAUAUACUACUCCCUCCGUUUUUUUAUAUAAGUCGUUUUAUAGCUAUGCACGUAGAUUAAGAAAACCAUUAAUUUCUUAUAUUUUCUAAACAAAAACAUCAUUAAUUAUUUACCUAACCACAAUUCAACCAAUAGAAAAAUAAAAGAUAUAUUACCAUUGGUCAUACAACAUUAAUUACUAAUAAAUUUUACAUAGAAAACCGAAAACGACAUAUAAUUUGGAACAAAAAAAUUUCUCUACAACGACUUAUAUUAAAAAACGGAGGGAGUAGUUGGUUCGUUUAUCUUUGAAAUAAAUGCAAACAAAAAGAAUCUUAAUAUUUCAAAAUAACAAUAUUGAACAAUUAUUAAUGGGAACGAUCAUCAACAAAGACCCUCGAGUCAAUCCAAAUAAACAACCUUAAUUUCUUUGCAGUUAUACCACCACCCAUCUUGACCUCUCAAAAUUAUUUAUUUUUCCAUUAAUACUUGAUUUUUCUGCAGUAUUAUACUAUCACAAAACAUCUAAAAUCAUGUUUGGCUCAUCGAUUAUGACUAUUCCACCAUCCAAACAAACCAUUUGCUCCCUCCAUCGGAGUCUAAUUAAGGCCGACGACCAAGAGAAUCGUCUUCCGCACAGCCUGAAAGCCCAGAAAUUAACUCCCCCACAGAUGAAUUAUAUAUUAAAAAGCACAAAAUGAUAUGAAAACACCCUAUAAAUAUUUCUACGAUAAAAUAAAAUGUGGGAAAAUAUGUAAAAUUAUCUCCAUAUGUCUGGUCCAUUUAAUGUUUAUAUGUCAGAAGAGAAAAUAAUAAAAAGGGAAAACCUAGUUCAGAACCAAACAUGGAUCACUUUCGAAGAGUCUGUUGAAUCAAUUUCUGAAGAAAGUUGAGUUCGUACGUUUGAACUACAGAAGCAGUAUAGGUUUCAAUGCACGAACUAUAAGGAAAAGGCAUGGGAGUUGCAUUUAUGAUCACUUUGAGUUUCUUUAAUAUUUCUUACUGUUCUAGUCUCAAUAAUUCAGUACAGUAGUAUGUUUUAAAAAUUAAUACACUAAUUAUGUAUAUAUAUAUGAGAUAUAUAUAUAUAUGUGUGUGUGUGUGUGUGUGUGUGUGUUUGUGUUAUGUCCCGUUUUUAUCCUAGAGAUUUAUAGGUAUUUUGCCUCCAAAAGUUACCACUAAGCUAGAGUUUAUUAACAGUCGUUAAAUUUGCUGAGAUGAUGGUUGAUUAAUUUGAAUUUUCUUAAAAUAUAAUGUGAAUGUAUUAAAACGUUUAAAACGUCAACAUAAAAUUGUAAGCUCUCAUCCAGAAACAUAUAUGUGGCUAACGUUCAUGAGACACUAAUCAAAUGACUGUUGAGACAUAAAUGAUUUCCAAUUUUUCUUCCAUACCAAUUGUCUUUUAGUUGCUAUUGAAGUGUUGGUCAAUCCAUCAGUGAUUUAACGUUAGAAAUAGACUAAUUGCCGACUAGCACAUUUUAACGUACUUAACUUAAAUACUAAUCUGAUGGAAUUAACCCCUAAAACAAAUUAAAUGUUCCCUAUGCAUUUUGACUUCUUCUUUUUUUACUGUAAAUUUUUUCUAGGCAAUUUGAAAAAUAUUUUGAUUUUAUAUUGCAGAUAUAUAAAUUUUGGCACUGAUCACUAAAUACAACUACGGGAACUAGAUAUAACACCUAAAACAAACCUUAGUUCUUACAUGGUAGCUACUAUAAAGUAUUUCAAACCGUAGCAAGAAAAAGUGGAUCCAAUUCUAAAAUGUCAUAGUGCUUUUGGGAAUCUGAAAUUGAUCAAAUACCCUGUAGAGUCUAUACUUGCUAACUUUAAUUCUUAAUACCAUUAAAUAAUACCUUUUGACUGUUGUAGUUACUAAUAAAGCGAAAAUAAAAUCAAGAGUGUCUUUCUAUUGUCUUUUAUAACAUUUUCUGUUUGUGGGAUUUAAGCCUACUUCGCUAAUUCUUUUGCAUCCCAAAACAAGAAUAGUGAUAUUUUUUAAAUUGAGCUAUUUUAUUUUCUAAGCACAUACAGAUGAAAUAGACAAAAUACAUAUACAUACGCACAUGGGGAGAGAGGAGUGACUUACAGAGAGAUAUGUGUGAGACAAAAUUAAAUAAUGUAGAAGAGAUUUUUUUUUAGUCAAAAAAUAAUGUAAAAGAGCUAGAUAGGUUGGGUUUGAUCAAAAAAAAAAAAGUAUAGAGGUUGGGUAGGUGAAGAGGGACUAUAAGAGGGAGAGAAAGAGGUCGUAAGACUCGUAACCCUUUUGCUCUAUUCACAAUUUUAUUUUCUUCCCAUUAGCCCUUCUGUUCCCUGCCUCUUCUCCUCCUCUCUCUUGACACAUCACAUCAACAUCAACAUCAAUCAUCAUCAUAAGCAUACACAUAUAUUUGUCUUCUUUGGAUCGAGUUAAAUCAGUUAUGGCUUCCUCGAAUAGACACUGGCCAAGCAUGUUCAAGUCCAAACCUCAUCACCAUCAGUGGCAACACGACAUGAACUCUCCUCUCUUGCCUUCUCCUGCUUCCCACCGUUCCUCUCCCUUCUCAGGAUGUGAGGUGGAAAGGAGUCCAGAGCCAAAACCAAGAUGGAAUCCAAAGCCAGAGCAGAUUCGGAUACUUGAAGCAAUCUUCAACUCAGGGCUGGUGAAUCCACCGAGAGAGGAGAUCAGAAGGAUUAGGGCUCAGCUUCAAGAGUACGGCCAAGUCGGUGACGCUAACGUCUUCUAUUGGUUCCAAAACCGCAAGUCCCGUAGCAAACACAAACUCCGCCUCCUCCAUAACCACUCCAAACACUCCCUCCCUCCACCACAACCACAGCCUCAGCCUCUUUCCUCAGCAUCGUCUUCAUCUUCUUCCUCCUCCUCAUCCUCCAAAUCCACCAAACUACCCAAAACCAAGAACAAGAAGAACACCAACAACACUAAUCUCUCUUUGGGUGGUAGUCAAAUGAUGGGGAUGUUUCCGCCGGAAGCUUCCUUUCUUUUUCCGGCUUCCACCGUCGGAGGGUUUGAAGGUAUCCCCGUCUCAUCUCAAUUAGGGUUUUUUCCCGGUGAAAUGGUCGAGCAACCCAAACAGGCUCCUCCAACGGUGGAGCCAUGUACCGGUAUCCUCCUGAGCGAGAUCAUGAACGGUAGUGCGGGUUAUGGAACUCAUAACCAUCAACAAUUGAGUGAGAAAGAAGAUGAAGAAAUGAGGAUGAAGAUGUUGCAACAGCCUCAGAUUUGUUACGCUGCUACUAGUGAUCAAAUCAGUUCUUACAACAACAACAACAAUAACAUCAUGCUUCAUGUUCCUCCCACUGCUAGUACUACUACAACUUCAAAUCCUCUUGCUAUUGUCCCAUCAACUUUGGACCAGCUUCAAGUUCAAGCGGGUGCGAGAAUAAGGGUGUUCAUCAAUGAAAUGGAGUUUGAAGUGAGCCCGGGGCAGUUUAAUGUUCGAGAUGCAUUCGGGGAAGAGGUUGUUCUCAUUAAUUCCGCGGGUCAGCCCAUUGUCACUGAUGAAUAUGGCGUCGCUAUUCACCCUCUUCAACACGGAGCCUCCUACUAUCUGGUUUUGUUUCCUCUCUUAGCCUCUUUGUUUUUCUUCAAUUAAUAUUCAUUACAUUCACUUCAAUGGCUAGGUAGAUACCAUUGUAUGUUAAAGUAUAGUAAUAAAUCAUUGUUUAAUGGUUAUAUAAUCUUCGUUUAUAAUACUAUUUCUAUAGUAUUUUAUUUCUUCAUUGGGAUCUAAAAUGGAUAAAUGCAUGCGAGAGACAUGUUGUUUGGCUUAAUUUGGUCAAAAAUGUUGACUCAAUCUAAUUUAAUUACACACACACACCUUGCUCUUCCUUAGAGCAUUCAUUGGGGUUUCUUUUCUUUUUUAGGCCUUCGUGUUUUUUGACUUUUGUAGUAUAAAUUCGAGUAGUAACAUAUUUAGAAGAAUGUGCAUGCAUGUGUGAAUUUACAAUAUAUACUUGUGUAAUUAAUUAAUUUCGAGGUCUCUUUUUGCUUUUGCAGAUCUAGUCGUGUGGGAGAUUUGUUUUUGAAGAUGAAACUAAGACAUGUCUCUUUCUUUCACUAUCUAUCCUACGUACCGCUUAAAUGUUACAUUUUAUAAGAUAUUGGUUUCAGUGGCUUGUUGUGACGUAUGAGUUUCGGACAACAUUUGCGAAAUUCUCUCGUUAGAUUGUUGACCAAUAUAUUAUUGUUGUGUGCGUUUCUUUGUAGUUUCAUAAAUCUAUAAUAAUGCUUUUGUUUCUUCAUCUGAAUCUCUUAUAUGUACGGGGAAUUGUUAAACAGUUGGCUAAAUAUGGGGAUGAGUAAUAUAGAAGCUUCACAUCACCCAAUGUGAAAGUAAAUUAGGUCAUGCGUUAUGUUAGUGUUUAGACUGUAAUGUACGAUUUACUUGCGGGAAGUGUGGGACUUUGACUUCAGUUCACGUGAGGUGAUACUUCACUUUAAACCAAGGGACUGAAAACGUUACAUUUAUAUUACUAUUACUAUUAACCAUAUAAUAGUAAUAGAGUUACUUUUAUUUAACGUAAAAUGUAGGAAAUUUGAGUUCAAUAGUUGAUUAAUUUUUCUGAAGUUUGACAAAUUGUUUCAGACUUUCAGUUAUAUAUAGGUUCAUAACUACAUAGUGAAAUAACAUUUUAUAUAUAUGUAUAUUAAAAGGAAAAAAAAAACUCAUCAAAACGUUUUUGAAUUAUUAUAGCUAACCUUUUAUGCUUGUAGUUCAGUUUUUAUUUAACAUUUUUUAACUAUUUUGUUGGCAUGUAUUAUAUCCCCUUGUAGGCUUGUAAGUACCAUUUUUAACUCAAUUAGGUUUGAGGUCAUUUAAUUAACUUAAUUACUUGAUUGUUUCAAGUUUUAGUGGCCUAAUACUAAAGACUCAUUUCGGUGGGUUUAUAAUGUUCAAACUAAAAUACAAAAAUAUAAGGUGUGCAUAUGAAUUAACUCAUGAAUUAAUGAUAAAUUAAAAUAGUACAACUGUUUUUAGAUUUUCGAAAAAAAAAAGACGUUCAAACAUAAGAUAUAAUCUCAACAUUUGCUACAAAGGUAUACGUAAAAUAUCGAAGUCAGGAACAGAGUUUUUGGCAGUCAGUUGAUAUGAUCCUUUGCUUUUAACUUUUAACUAUGUAUUCAUGAUUGUAAUGUUAAUCUACUGCAUUGCUACGGAGUAUACGAAUACCUACAUCUGUUUGAGAUUUUGAGGUAAAUAAAGAGAAUUAAAAUUAGUAAAUAAUUAGAUUUGAAUUUAAAUGAGGUCUAGCUAGGUAGGGGCUUUGUUAUAUCAAAUCAGAUGUCAAAACGUGCAUAAUAAAAAUGUAAUAUCAAAUCACACAAAUGUUUCUCAAUAAAAACAUGGUCCUACUGUCUUACUUUCUACUGUUUGACUGUUUCCUUCAUCUUGUCGCUUUGACGUUAUCUUUACCCAUGCUUAUAUUACUUGUCUUCAUUUCCAGUUAUAGUCGUGUAUACAAAACAACAUUUAAUUUUCACCCAAUUUCUUACUAUAGAAACCUAAACGAUGUCCUCGCAUAUAUUUAAUUUGUCACCACGUUAUGUAUACUAUUAAAAAUAACUUCAUCAUAGCUGUGCCGUACCACACAAUUGCAAUUUGUAAUUUACAACAAUGCAACAUUUUACAUUUGUAUGAUAACGAAAACAUAGUACUAUUAACAUUUAGACCAAGAAAAAACAUAGUACAUUUUAAAAGGUCAAAUAACGUAUUCUUUUGGGAAAAACGAUUUUGGUUUUUCAGUCUGUAAUCUUUCUCACUAUUCUAAAAAUUAAUCUUUAAAAAAUUCGAUUUAAAAUAAUACUUCAUAUUCAAAAAAAAUGGAUACAAAGAAAUCAACCUUAUACUACUACUAAAUCUCCAAUAAUUUCGUAAAUAUCAAAUGCAGUAUGUAACUAAUAAUAAACAUUACACAAAAUAUUACAGAAGUCUAUUUAUUCAUGUAAUUCUCCCGCAUUUCUACUUGUUGGUUUGUUUGUCUACAUACUGCUAGGAUUUUGAUAAUGCAAAUUUAUGAAUUUAAACAAUAUGGUAUCAUUACAUUUGGCGCAUCUAGUAUUCCAUAAGUCUAAAUUGUUGUCACUGUUUAUGCUGCAGUGCGCAAAUGUUCUCCGAAUUGCCAAAACUAGACACUUAACUAUGAAUAGUUGAAGUUCAAGAUAAACUAUGAUAACAAAAAGACAACUAUAUAUAGUAACAUUGGGGGAGAUUUUUCAUGUAACAUUGUGGGGAGGGGGGGGGGGGGAGACUUUGUAUAUAGUAUCAUAAAAAUAUCGUAACGAAACCAAAUCUAUGUUGUUGUGUUUUAAAAGGAACGAUAGGGCUUUUUCCAAAUCAAAGAAGAAAAUUACGAUCGCAAGUUUGAAGUCGUCAUGAUAUUAAUUGUCAUUGAAGAAUUUAAAUAGAAAUCUAUGAAGUGACAAGAAAGAGAAAAAUAGAAAGCUAAGAAAGAGACAACGAAAAGUAGGUUAAGAAGAG